GUGCUGCCGCUAGCUGGAUCCCAGGCCCAGCGAUCCUAUAAAAAGGUGCCAAUCGCCCCCACCCCGACCUGCAUAUCGCCCGUGCUCUCAAACAAGAGUGCGAGUUCCAGGCGUGGCGGCCCUGCUGCAUGUUGCAUGAGCCGGCCGGAGUCGGAGUCUCAUCCCAUUGCAGAGCAGCGCGAGGCGGCGAAGGCGACCGAUCCGGGAGCGCACGCGCGGCGAGACCUUGACAUAGGGCCGAAUCAGCCGGCGGGGGAGUCGUCGCGGCGGUCCAUGAGCGCUGACGCCGCGGGCAGCAACAUCAUCAGCCGAAGAAGAAGCAGGCUGGGCGACGAAGCCAUGCCGACCCCGUCCUCCAACGCCCCCGACUCCUCGCCCUUCUCCAACGACGGCGGCGCCUCGCCGAGCGACAUCGACCGCGUGCUCCGGGGCAACGGCCGGCGCCACCAGCUGCCCACGGCCGCGUCCCCCGACGCCAUGGACACGGACGUCGCCGAGCCCGCCGCGGCCUCCCUUGCCGACUGCGGCGCCCAGUCGCGCCCCGAGGGCGCGCACGCCAACAUGGACGACACCGGUGGCGGCGGGUCGGGGGGCCACGCCGCGCGGCCGCCGCUCUCCGGCCCCCGCAGCGGGUUCCGCCGCCUCGGCCUGCGCGGCAUGAAGCAGCGCCUCCUCGUCGUGGCCAACCGCCUCCCCGUCUCCGCCAAUCGCCGCGGCGAGGAUCAGUGGUCCCUGGAGAUCAGCGCCGGUGGCCUCGUCAGCGCGCUCCUCGGUGUGAAAGAUGUCGACGCGAAGUGGAUCGGCUGGGCCGGUGUGAAUGUCCCCGACGAGGUCGGCCAGCAGGCUCUCACCAAUGCACUCGCCGAGAAGAGAUGCAUACCAGUCUUCCUGGACGAGGAGAUCGUGCACCAGUACUACAACGGCUACUGCAACAACAUACUGUGGCCGCUCUUCCACUACCUCGGGCUGCCGCAGGAGGACAGGCUGGCAACCACCCGGAACUUCGAGUCGCAGUUCGACGCGUACAAGCGGGCCAACCAGAUGUUUGCUGAUGUCGUCUACCAGCACUACCAGGAAGGGGAUGUGAUCUGGUGCCAUGACUACCACCUCAUGUUCCUGCCCAGGUGCCUCAAGGAGCAUGACAUCAACAUGAAGGUCGGGUGGUUCCUGCACACGCCCUUCCCUUCCUCGGAGAUUUACCGCACUCUGCCAUCACGCUCGGAGCUGCUUCGCUCCGUGCUCUGCGCUGAUUUAGUCGGAUUUCAUACAUACGACUAUGCAAGGCAUUUCGUGAGCGCAUGUACCAGAAUACUCGGACUCGAGGGUACCCCUGAAGGUGUGGAGGACCAGGGAAAGUUAACGCGGGUUGCAGCGUUUCCUAUUGGGAUAGACUCUGAUCGUUUCAAAAGGGCGUUGGACAUUGACGCAGCAAAAAGACAUGUCAAUGAACUGAAACAGCGAUUUGCGGGACGGAAGGUAAUGCUUGGUGUUGAUCGACUUGACAUGAUCAAAGGAAUUCCACAAAAGAUUUUGGCCUUUGAAAAGUUUCUUGAGGAAAACCCUGAAUGGAUUGAUAAAGUGGUUCUACUUCAAAUUGCUGUGCCAACUAGAACUGACGUCCCUGAGUAUCAGAAGCUUACAAGCCAAGUGCAUGAAAUUGUUGGGCGCAUAAAUGGACGAUUUGGAACAUUGUCUGCUGUUCCCAUUCAUCAUCUGGAUCGAUCUCUUGAUUUCCAUGCCUUGUGUGCUCUUUAUGCAGUCACUGAUGUGGCUCUUGUAACAUCACUGAGGGAUGGCAUGAAUCUUGUAAGCUACGAAUAUGUUGCAUGCCAGGGAUCAAAAAAAGGAGUUCUGAUAUUGAGUGAGUUUGCCGGUGCAGCACAAUCGCUUGGUGCUGGUGCCAUUCUUGUAAAUCCUUGGAAUAUUACAGAAGUUGCAGACUCAAUAAAACAUGCUUUGACAAUGACAUCUGAUGAGAGGGAGAAGCGGCACAGGCAUAACUACGCGCAUGUAACAACUCAUACUGCCCAAGAUUGGGCUGAAACUUUUGUAUGUGAGCUAAACGAUACAGUUGCUGAAGCUCUGAUGAGAACAAGACAAGUUCCUCCUGACCUUCCUAGUCGAACGGCCAUCCAGCAAUAUCUGCAGUCAAAAAAUCGUUUGCUCAUAUUGGGUUUCAAUUCAACAUUGACUGAGCCAGUUGAAUCCUCUGGGAGAAGGGGCGGUGAUCAAAUCAAGGAGAUGGAACUCAAGUUGCAUCCUGACUUAAAGGGUCCUUUGAGAGCCCUCUGCGAGGACGAGAGCACUACGGUUAUCGUUCUCAGCGGAAGCGACAGGAGUGUUCUUGAUGAAAAUUUUGGAGAGUUUAACUUGUGGCUGGCAGCAGAGCAUGGGAUGUUCUUACGCCCAACUGAUGGAGAAUGGAUGACAACAAUGCCUGAGCAUCUGAACAUGGAUUGGGUCGACAGUGUAAAGCAUGUUUUUGAGUACUUCACAGAAAGAACCCCAAGAUCUCAUUUUGAACAUCGUGAAACAUCAUUUGUGUGGAACUACAAGUAUGCGGAUGUUGAGUUUGGGAGGCUCCAAGCAAGAGAUAUGCUGCAGCACCUGUGGACCGGUCCAAUUUCAAAUGCAGCUGUGGAUGUUGUUCAAGGGAGCCGGUCAGUUGAAGUUCGCUCUGUUGGAGUCACAAAGGGUGCGGCCAUUGAUCGUAUUCUAGGGGAGAUUGUUCACAGCAAAAGCAUGGUUACUCCGAUUGACUAUGUACUAUGUAUAGGCCACUUCCUAGGAAAGGACGAGGACAUCUAUGUGUUCUUCGACCCUGAAUACCCUUCUGAACCAAAAGUGAAACCGGAUGGUGCGUCGGUAUCCGUCGACAGGAGGCAGAACGGGCGGCCAUCCAACGGCCGGAGCAACUCGAGGAACUCGCAGGCGAGGAUACAGAAGCCUCAGGUCGCGCCGCCGCCUCCGGAGAGGUCAUCGUCCUCGUCCGACCACAGCACCGCAAACAACAACAGCCACCACGACUGGCGCGAAGGGUCGUCGGUGCUGGACCUCAACGGUGACAACUACUUCUCGUGCGCCGUCGGGAGGAAGCGCUCCAACGCCCGUUACCUGCUCAACUCGUCGGAGGACGUCGUCUCCUUCCUCAAGGAGAUGGCCGAGUCGACGACGGCCCGUGCCGGUGGCCUCCCGCCCGGCGCCGCCGCUGAUUACAUGUUCUUGGAUAGGCAGUAAGACUAAGUUUGCCUCUGCUAAUCAGCAAUCACCCGGCCGCCCGCCCCGCCCCGCCUGAGAAGAAGAGUUGACAGCAGCCCUAAAUAACAUUGGUGUUCCCUGUACGCGCGCCGGAGUAGCCGCCGUGGCUGGUCCGGCGCGGCGUGGUGUACAAUCCUGUACAAAGUAUGACUGAGGUCCUGGUUUUACUGUUACUGCGAGAGGAGACUGACGCUCUGUGACUGAGUGAUCCCGAGAGUUUGUGUUAGGCGGAAUUGAUGGAUAUUUGUUAUUAUGUGAUGUGAGGACUAAUCCCAGCAUUGACGGUCUACCGCUGGUUUCUGGAAGCUCUGCACUUAUGCUCUUA